AUGGCCAGAGCUGGAUUUUAUUUCAUGAACCAAGAACUAACCACGGAUGUGGUGAAAUGUGUCGUCUGUAAAGGAGCUCUCAUGUUGUGGUGUGCCGCAGAUGAUCCUAUAGUGGAACAUGCGAAACAUUUUCCUAACUGUGCGUAUAUCAACGAAUUAUGCAGAGGUCAAGAUGUAUGCGGCUUAUAUGAUACUUUUGGAAUAGUACCUAUUGUUGGAACCCCACUAUAUCCACAAUACUCAACAUUGGAAUCAAGAGUGCAAACGUUUAGCAAAUAUAAGUGGAAUAAUAACUAUUCUCCUUCAGCACUUGCACUUGCAGGUUUCCUUUUCACUGGAUAUGAAGACCUGGUGAAGUGUUAUUUUUGUGGCGGUGCUUUAUGCGAUUGGAAAGCAGAAGAUAUUGCAUGGGAAGAACAUGCUAAAUGGUUACCUCUAUGUAAUUUUAUAUUAAUGAUGAAGGGUAACCAAUAUGUUAAUAAGUGUCGAAAUGGCGAUAAAGAAGGAAAGGAGACGCUACCCAUUCAUCGACUACCAAGCAACCGUUCUUCUAUAAUUGAUUAUGAAUCAGAAGCAAUAAUGUGGAUGGAAUCACGUCCUAUCAAGGACUAUAUGGAAAUAAUGGAACUAUCGCAAAAAGAUGUGAACGCUACAUUGCUGACUACUAUGAAAGUGCAAAAUAGCGGUUUCGCAACUAUUAAGGAUGCUUUUCAAGUUGUAAUAGAAUUUUAUCAUGGCAUUAUUAAUAAGAAAAGUGAUGAAGAUAGUGAUGCCAAUGAAGAGGAAAAGAAUACAUGCAAAUUGCAGUGUAAGGUUUGCAUGGAAAAUGAAGCAAAUAUGGCAAUAUUACCUUGUGGGCACAUGUCUACGUGUAUACGAUGCAUUUCAAACCUAUCCAACUGUCCAAUAUGCCGCAAUAUUAUUAAAGGUGUCAUGAAAAUCUUUUUAUCGUAG